AUGGACAUGUACAGAUUCACCUCUUCGGACAUACCCAAGGACACAAUCCUUUAUCCCAUCCUAAAACACGAAUUAACCCAAUCUCUUCAAAUUUUAGAUACAAUAAAACCUGUCGAAAGAAGACAGAAAAGAUCCAUAAAUAGUUUAGGAACGGCUUGGAAAUUCAUAGCCGGAAGCCCCGAACACGAGGAUCUGGAUGUAAUAACCAAAAAUCUUAAUGAAAUUAAUAAUAACAAUAAUAAACAAGUACUAAUUAACAAUAUUUUUAACGAAAAAAUUAAUAACAUUAGCAUGAUAGUAAAUAAUCUUCUUAAUAACAUAAGGAAAGAUACUUAUAUAAAAAACGAGACUAUUAUAAAUUUACAAAAUAGAAUUAGAUUAAUAAAAGAAGAGUUGAUUAACAUUAAAUACGCCAUACAGUGGGCAAAGAAAGACAUUUUAAACACAUUAUUGUUAAAUAAAAAUGAAAUCGAAAUUGCAUUAGAAAAUUUAGAAAAUGACGAAAUACCUUUCAAAAAUGCUGAAGAAGUACUAGAAAUAUCAAAUAUAAAUGUAAUUAGUCAAAAUAUGACAAUAUUUUACAUGGUAAAAAUACCAUUAACUAUUAAGGAAAAUUUCCAAAAAAUUAUAUUAAGACCUGUUCUUAAAUCUGAUAAAUCUAUUAUUAAUAUUGAAUGUAAUAAAAUUUUAAAAGGAAAAAAAGAAAUAUAUGGAAUAAAAGAAAAUUGCGAUAGCUUUAAGAAAAUUGAAAUUUGUAAACGAAAUCAAGUAAUUAACAUAAGUAAUAACACCUGUAUACCUAGAAUAAUAAAUAGCCUAAAUUCAUCUUGCACUGUAACAAACGGCCAACAUAUCCAACAAAUCGAAGAAGUAAAACCUGGCACCAUAUUACUUAAUGGCUUCCAAGGAGUAAUAGAUGCUGACGGAAUGCAGAAAAAUUUAUCAGGGACACACCUGAUUAAUUUUCAUAACUCAACGUUAAAAAUAAAUCAUCAAUUUUACAUUAAUUACGAUUUGGUUCCACUGCCGGCAAUCCCAGCAGUCCUGCAACCAGCACCGAUCGAAAGAAAUCGAAUCGAAUUACUUUCUCUCCAGGCCUUAAAGGAGUUUCAUAUUGAUAACAUACGAAGAAUAAAUCUUCUGAAGGCAGCAACGAUAUCCAAUAGCUCCCUUUCACUUGGAGCCGUUGCAACUAUCACUCUCGGUUUAAUAUUUUUUCGGAAAUUCUGGAGAAAGCACCAAAACAGAAUAAUCAUAUCUUCAAGCCUGGACCUUAACCAGAUGCCCCCAGCGAAUAUUGAUCCUAAGGAGAUCAAAGAUCUUUCCAGUGAUCAAAAUACUUACAUCAAUUUUAACAACCUCCCCUAUUUUUGAUAGGCUCUCGGGACGAUCGCUUUUAAGAGGGGAAGUGUUAACAUGGCAAAUGUUAACAAUUGCUAGCUAAAUAAUAAUAAUGCGUAAUCAGCAAUAACAAGUAAAGCAUAGCGGAAAUGCAUCUUUAGUUGCACAAUAUUUUCCACAGCAAAAGUCAGACGCUUGCAUUAACAUGAAAGCUCAUUUUUCGGUGUGAAGCGGAAAUCCAACACGCGCAACCCAAAUAAGUCAAUUCGGAGAAUUGACAACAUCAAGUCAGCAGUUGGCCAGUGCAACUUAGCUUAGAUUUUAAGUAAAUUAAUUUUUAAGCUUUAGUCUUAGUUCUGUACCCGAACCAUAAACUAAUAAAUAAAAAUUUUUUUUUUAAGAAAUUUACAUAAAAUUUCUUAACUUAUAUAUAAAGAUUGUAUACUUGGUUUCCGUGCAUUUCGUUAUAUUGCAUAUAUACGUAUCACAUACACACAUAUGUACAUAUAUGACAAUUGUGCGAACUAUAAGGGAAACAAGAGAACAGAAACAUUAAGCAUAACUAUAUGCAUAUAAGUUUACAUACAUACGUAUAUUUUUGCGUCAUUUUUAUUUUCCUUCCUUUUGCGUUCUUAUCUCAAAAGAUAGACGUACUAAGGAAUAAUAUACAAAUUAAUCGGGAGUAUAUCGCAGAUACGU